AUGAUGACUGGGAAAAGGAUAAUGGCUGUGUAUCUUUUAUUGAUUCUGGUUUGGAGUAGCUAUGCCUUGGUAUUAGAUGCUGUGGAGUAUUUUGAAAUUAAGCAAACACAAACCCCAAAUGCAACUACAUACAAUAUUACUGUCCUUACCAAUGCUAGCCUUACUGCAUGUGACAAGGAGUUCUUAAGUGUUACUAUUGAUGUAGAUGCAGUGAGGAGGAAAUGGGUUGGUUUUGAUUUCAGUUCGCCUAAACUGCAGAGACUUGCAGAAGCUCUGGCACCUAUUGAUUUACGUUUUGGUGGAACCAUGGCUGACUUUUUAAUAUUUAGCCCUAAUAGCCCAGCCAAAACUGUAAAGCUGUCUCCCCAAACAGAUUCAGAGAAGACGUCAAGAAAUACAAAUCUCCUGCAGGAGACACCAAAGAAUUUUACAAUGACAGGGGCGCAGUGGGAUAAGCUCACUGCAUUUGUAAAGACAGUUGGAUGGAAUCUCAUAUUUGAUUUUAAUGUGUUCUUGAGACGUAAUGGUGUGUGGGACCCAGCAAAUGCAGACAAGCUUCUGAAUUAUUCAGUAUCAAGGGGCGUACAGUUUAUUGCCUUUCAGCUAGGAAAUGAACCAGAUCUUUAUGGACGUUAUUUUAAUGUUUCCAUUAGCCCCAGCGACCUAGUUGCAGAUUUCACAAUACUGAGAACUUUGAUUUCCAGUUAUUCCCAGUACAAAGACCUCAGUCUGUUUGGUCCUGGUGUCACAAAUGUUGGUGUCCGCUCAAGAUCCAUGACGUAUUUACGCAAAUUUAUAGAAGCAGGUGGCCCUGAUGUCGUUAACGAAAUUGGAAUUCAUCACUACUAUACUAAUGGUGCCAGUGCAACAGUGCAAGAUUUCCUUAAUGUGACCAAGUUGGAAUCUUUAAAGACUGUACUCAAUGUGGCCUUCAAUCUUACUCGUGUAAUUCCUCAUCCAGUCCAUAUUCGACUGUCAGAGACAUCUUCCUGCUAUGGAGGUGGAGCAGUGAACAAAUCAAAUGCAUAUGUUGCUGGAUUUAUGUGGCUUGAUAAGUUAGGGGUUGCAGGCCUUUAUGGAUUGCCUAGAGUAUUCAGGCAAACUUUUAUAGGAGGAUCAUAUGAAUUGGUUUCUUCCAGAACAUUUAAUCCAAAUCCUGACUUUUAUCUUUCACUUUUGUUUAAAAGACUUGUGGAGGGCCCAGUAUUUCCAGUCACUUCAGUGCCAGAAGCAGAACAACUUAGAGUAUAUGCCAACUGUGCCAGGAGAGACUAUUUCAGAUACCCUGUUGGAGCACUGGUUUUGUACUACCUAAAUUUAGCUGAUGAAAAAACUGUUUUGUCACUGACUCAGUUUUCGAGUGAAGAUCGGGAAGUAUUUUCAUUGACUCCAGGAGACAAUAAUGGACUGCUGUCUAGACUUGUCAAACUAAAUGGGGAUAUUCUACUGAUGCCUGGUAAUGACAUACCACUAAUGUUGCCAAGUUACCAGCGAGGAGAUAUCACAAUAGAAGCUCAAUCAUUUGGAUUUAUUGUCAUACCUCAGGCCAGUGUUCCAGCCUGUAAUAGUUUCCAUGAAAGUGCUACACAGUGA